CUGCCUGCAGCUUGGCUGCAAAGCCUGAGAAGCAGCAGCAGCAGCAGCAGCAGAAGAGUCGGAGGACUGGGGAAAGGGAGGCAGCAGCAGCAGCAACAGCAACAGGAGUCAUCCCAAGAUCAAAAAGCGGGCUUUGGGCUGCUUUUGGGGCGAUGGGUGGGCUCUGCUUGGUGUAUCUCCUGCUGCCUUUGGCCUCUGCGCUGGACUUUGGCUACCACCACACCGAGGAGAUGGAAGCCUUCUUGAAAGGUGUGAGCAAGAACCACUCUUCCAUCACUCACUUAUACAGCAUUGGCCGGUCGGUGCAAGGUAGAGACCUGUGGGUUCUUGCUCUGGGAAGGUUCCCAACCCAACAUAGGAUUGGCAUACCAGAGUUCAAGUAUGUUGCUAAUAUGCAUGGGAAUGAGGCAGUCGGACGUGAGUUGCUGCUGCAUUUGAUAGACCUUUUGGUGACAAGUGACCAGCAUGAUCCAGUCAUUACAAGGCUUAUCGACAGCACCCGGAUACACAUCCUACCUUCAAUGAACCCUGAUGGAUUUGAAGCAACAGCAGAGUUUGCCUGUUUCCCCCCAUAUGGCAGGUACAAUGCUAAUUUUGAAGACCUGAACAGGAACUUUCCGGAUGCCUUUGACAAGAAUAAUGCCACAAUCCAGCCAGAGACUCGAGCAGUGAUGGACUGGUUAAAAAAUGAGAUGUUUGUACUCUCUGCUAACUUGCAUGGUGGAGCAUUGGUAGCAAGCUACCCUUUUGAUAAUGGUGAUUCAGUUACAAUUACUUUACAAGGCAGUAGCAAAACACUGGAUAAUGAUGUUUUUGUGCACCUUGCAAAAACAUAUGCAAACAAUCACGCCAGAAUGUUUCAAGGAGCUGCAUGUCACAAUGGAGAUGACUUUCCAGGUGGCAUUACAAAUGGAUAUUCUUGGUACAGGCUGCUAGGUGGGAUGCAAGAUUAUAACUAUAUCUGGGCUCAGUGCUUUGAAAUUACACUAGAAGUAUCAUGCUGUCAGUAUCCACCCGAAGAUGAACUUCCAUCAUUUUGGAAUGACAAUAAAAUUGCUUUGAUUGAGUAUAUUAAGCAAGUGCAUCUGGGAGUAAAAGGUCGUGUUUUGGAUAUGAAUGGAAAACCUAUUCCAGGUGCCAUAGUGGAAGCUUCAGGAAGACAACAUGUGUGUCCUUACAGAACCAGAGAAAAUGGAGAAUAUUAUCUUCUGUUACUGCCUGGGACUUAUAAACUUAAUGCAACAAUACCUGGAUCCGUGUCAUUGCUGCAUGAAGUACAUAUACCCAACACAGUAGCAAACUUCAGUGCCCUGAAACUUGACUUCAUUUUCUCUGAUGUAAAGCCUGGCAGACUGGAACCUCCUUCGUGCCCUACAGUGCCACUUUAUUCUCCUGAUUACUAUAAAAACACAUCAACCGCGCUGGAACCUUGUAUUAACUUUUUGAUUUUAAUUUAUAGUUUAUAUGUAGCAUUUAGAUAAACUGUAUUUAUGUGUGUGGUUUCAAAAAUACUUGAACAAAAAUGUUUUAUAUUUUGAAUUUACAAGAUUUUAAAACAGGGUGCAAAACAUUUGUGACAAUCAAUAAAUAGUAUCUAUUUCAAUACGAAGUCACAUACUCUUAUUAAAAUAUUUAUAUCUGCUUCAUAUCCGGGGAUCUGCAGAUGAGACAAUUUAAACUUACCGUAUAUACUCGAGUAUAAGCUGACCCAAAUAUAAGCCGCGGCACCCAGUUUUAUCACAAAAACUGGGAAAAUGUAUUGAUUCGAGUAUAAGCCAAGGAUGGGAAAUGCAGCAGCUACUAGUAAAUUUCAAAAUAAAAAUACAUACUAAUAAAAUUACAUUAAUUGAGGCAUCAGUAGGUUAAAUGUUUUUGAAUAUUUACAUAAAACUGUAAUUUAAGAUAAGACUAUCCAACUCUGAUUAAAUCAUUAUUCUAACUU